AUGGGAAGAAGCUUGGUAUCAACGCCACAGGCGGAGAACCCACGGUCUUCGGGCCAAGAUGACGAGGAUCUCCCGGAGAGCUAUGCCAACCUAAACGAGCUGGCCGCUCCCUCUCCUCCCGCCCAGGAGCGAAUACGCGGCGCAUAUACCAUCCUAGAUCUCGAAGGCGCGCGCGACCAAGAUCUUGCUACGCGCAGCAGGCCCGAACCGUUGACGAUCGCGCAAAGCAGGCCCGAGGACGAGCUGAGGCACGCGCGACGGGAAAGGGCGUCUCGCAUGGCGACCCAGUUCUACACCCACUGCUACUUCAUCCUAUUCUCGAUCCUUGGCACGCUGGCGAGGCUCGGUCUUCAAGCCCUUACGCACUUCCCCGGAGCGCCCGUGACCUUUAGCGUCGUGUGGGCGAAUUUCGCCGGGUCCGUCGUCAUGGGCUUCCUAGCAGAGGAUCGCAUGCUCUUCCGGCACGGAAGAGACCAUUAUCUCGUUCCCCAGCAGCCGGAAAAGGGCGGGCAACCACCUUCCCAGCCCGCCUCGGACAAAGACAUCAAGAAGACGAUUCCAUUGUACAUUGGCCUCACCACGGGGUUCUGCGGCUCCUUCACCCCAACAAGCCGAAACGGUGGGUACUCGUUCAUGGCGUUUCUCUCCGUCAUCAUCUCCAGCAUCUGCAUAUCGCUCGGCGGCCUCUUCAUCGGCGUUCACCUCGCGGCCGGGCUCGAGGCCCUCACGCCCUCGUUCUCGCACCGCUUCGUGCGCCAUUUCCUCGAUAGAGUCGCCGUGCCCGUGGGGGUCGCCGUGUGGAUCGCGGCCAUACUGCUGUCCGUCUUCCCGCCCCACCGGAGUUGGCGCGGCGACGCCCUCUUCGCUCUCGUACCGGCGUUCCCCAUGGGUACUUUUACGGCCAACGUCCUGGGCACCGCGGUGCUGGGGAUGUGCUGGGACCUGUCGCACACGGCGGCCGGGGGCGGCGUCGUGGGGUGCCAGGUGCUGCGCGGGGUGGAGGACGGCUUCUGCGGCUGCUUGACCACCGUCUCGACAUGGGUGCUGGAGCUCUCUACUCUGAGACGAGGGCACGCGUACAGGUACGGGGCGGCAAGCGUGGUGGUAUCGGUCCUCGUCAUGAUUGCCAUCAUGGGGGGCUGCGGUGGUCGCAAGGAUUUGGGCCAAUGGCCUGCUGAUUGCGUGUUGCUGCACCCAUUCCCUCGGGCGGAGGAGUGCGUUGCAUCUUGA